AUGACUUCCUACUUCCCACAGAAUAUUUUAAUUCCUGACUGUACUUUACAACAGUUCGAAAAAGCUGCGAACGCAAACCAUCGUUUUCUUCGAAUGAACCUCAUUGAGGGACAGCUUGAAAUAAUAGUUCCAGAAACAAGUAUAACCAGUCCUGAUGUUGCUGUUGUUUUAAGUGCCAGAUGGAAUGCUCUGUCAGAUGCUGAGAGAUGUCAAGCAUUUCCACCAGUUGCCCCGAAUUUCAUUGUCGAAUUACGUUCAUACAGCAGGAUUUUCAUCGUAAAAUAUUACGAUGGAUUGAUGAUGGUGUAG